ACAGGAACAUUUUACCUGUUUCUGUGAGGUAUUUUUUCUCCUGGAAGAGAGGUGCUGAUUGGCCCCAAACGAAUGACAACCUGGUGUAAUGAAAAUUUCCAAUUUCCCUCAUUUUCCCUCAGUUUCAGCAAUUUUAAAUCUAUAUAUAGAGAUAUCUUCGUCAGAAUUGCAUUGUUACUCUCUUUUAGUAAACGGAUUUGUCUCAGAUUGUCACUGCAAAUAGAGAUCUAUUAAUGGAUCUCACCUCCCAACUGAUUCCAGCUCUGGUCUGCUUACUAGCAUUUACCAGCACCUUCGUCCACGGCCAGAACUUCAAUAAUACAUUGAAAGAGAUCAUCAAAACGUUGAACAUCCUCACAGCGAGAAACGACUCAUGCAUGGAGCUGACCGUCAUGGACGUCUUGGCAGUCCCAAAGAACACAAGCGACAAGGAAAUCUUCUGCAGAGCCACAACCGUGCUCCGGCAGAUCUAUACACAUCACAACUGCUCCACCAAAUUCCUCAAAGGACUCGACAGGAACCUCAGCAGCAUGGCAAACAGGACCUGUUCUGUGAAUGAAGUCAAGAAGAGUACACUGAAAGACUUCUUGGAAAGGCUAAAAGCGAUCAUGCAAAAGAAAUACUCAAAGCACUGAAGCUGAAUAUCUUAAUUUAUGAGUUUUUUAAUUACUUUAUUUUAAAAAUAUUUAUAUAUUUAUAAUUCAUUAUAAAAUAAAGUAUAUGUAGAACC